AGAAAAAGAGAACAAAGGGAAUUGAAGGGUAGACGCCAUUAGAUAGAGAUCAAAGGAAAGAUCUUUUUUCACACGCAAAGUUUCGCCUUUUAUGGAUUCAUGUCGUCUCUGUAUCUUCUUCUUCUUCUUCAUGUAGCUGCUUAAAUGAGAUCCAUCGAUCAUCGUCUAAUGGAGGACUCGGCGGCUUCGUCUUCCUCUUCGUCCCAUUACUUUUCAAUUUUCACGAAUUACCCUCUGAUUUCCGCCGUCUUAGCUUUCACCAUCGCACAAUUCAUCAAAUUCUUCACCUCCUGGCAUAAGGAAAAGAGAUGGGAUCUGAAACGGCUUGUUGGGUCUGGAGGAAUGCCUUCUUCACAUUCAGCUACAGUUACAGCUUUAGCUAUGGCUGUUGGUUUACAAGAAGGAUUUGGAGGAUCACAUUUCGCAAUCGCCUUCAUUCUCACAUCCAUUGUGAUGUAUGAUGCAACUGGUGUAAGAUUACAUGCUGGAAGACAAGCUGAGGUUCUCAAUCAGAUUGUGUAUGAACUCCCUGCAGAACAUCCGCUCGCUGAAACCAGACCCCUGAGUGAACUUCUCGGUCAUACACCUCCACAAGUCAUUGCUGGUGGAAUUCUUGGAACAGCCACUGCAGUUGUUGGCUACUUAGUCACUUUGAUAGCUAAGUAGCUAAGGUUUUAUCAAAAGCUCACCUUUUGUGUUCCAUCGGUUAAAGCCACUAUUACAAGAAAAUGGACUCUGGAAGCUGUGGUUUAUUUGCCCCUUAGUUUCUAUUUCUUGUUUUGCUGCUCGGGCUCUUAUCAUUGGCAACAUGGUAGUUAUAGGUUUGAUCUUGUAAGGAAAACGUGAGACGUCGUUUUCACUGAUCUUUGAAGUUGUUAAAUAGGAGCUUGUGCCUUGAACUAUAUACAAAAGAACAUGAUGUGUUUAGGAUUCAGCAGGAUCAAUACUUUGGAAACUCAUCUUUAUGAAAAGCUAUAUC